ACACCUGAAACUAACAUAACACUGGAAAUCAGCUAUACCUCAAUAAAAAAAAAUUUACAGACUUUGGGAAAACAGAGUAGAGAAGACUUACAGGAAGUUCAUUUGUUAAUGUUUUAGGUGUUGAUAAAAAAAAUAGUGAUAUGUGACACACGUGCGCACACACAUACAGAAAGAUGCCCACCGUCCCUUUUAUUUGAAUGCUCAUUUGGACUUUCUUGUUGUUUUCUGACUUGAAGGCGUUGUGGCGUGCUUUUUCGUCAGAGCUAUUCCAUGUUCACAUUUCUAGGUGAGAGAACUGGAGGAAAGGAGGCAAAAGACAAUGUGGAACUUUAACUUCUCUUCCCAAGUUUUUCUGUUGUAUUUAAUGAGCCCCCUUUCCCUUUCUGUCUUGUCUGCUGGUACCUUGCCUUCUGGAAGAUAAAAACUUUGAGGAAAAUUCAAGAAAGUGUUACCCAGUCUUGCUCUUCCAUGCGUAUGUGAGGAAGCGAGGAGAAAUGAGUUUUCCUUUCUUUCAGUUUAAAGUGCCUGAGCAAUUUUUCUAGCAUGAAGAACUGUGACGCAAAAAGAAGUACGACUAAGACAGCCCCAAAUCCAGUUUCUCACUCUCUUGAGAAAAGACUGACGUUUGCAUUGAUGGUGUUAAUACUUCUUUAAAAAAUGAUGUCUACUCUCUGUCCAAAUUUUUAUCUUCAUGCCUCCUUAAAUUUUUACUUAAAUGCUUAUUUUUCCAGGUAAACAUUGACGAGCAGGCAGUCUUUCAAGGAUUGCUUCAUCUAGGAUUCAGUUUGGAUUCCUAUAGACUUAAUUAGUAUUGGAAUAGUCUUUGUAUAAGAUGUGUUUAUGCUGUUUGAAAACAAACAUAUAUCUAUACAUGUAUUCUUAUGUUUCUCUAGGUCACCUCUGCAGAGAUAUAUAGGAAACUAGUAACACUGAUUAAGGGAGGAUGGGAGCCAGGAAUGGGGUUUGGAACGAUGUACCGUAUUCUACAUUUCUUUUUAUACUUGCAGUUUCCCCCUGUUGAUAUCCUCAGGGAAGAUGGGAAAGGGCUGUAAGGUUGUGGUUUGUGGCUUGUUAUCUGUGGGGAAAACGGCAAUUUUGGAGCAGCUCCUUUAUGGGAAUCAUACUAUUGGAAUGGAGGACUGUGAAACAAUGGAAGAUGUGUAUAUGGCUUCAGUGGAAACGGAUCGGGGAGUCAAGGAACAGUUACAUCUUUACGACACCAGAGGCCUACAGGAAGGCGUGGAGCUGCCAAAGCAUUAUUUUUCAUUUGCUGAUGGCUUUGUUCUUGUGUACAGUGUGAAUAACCUUGAAUCCUUUCAAAGAGUGGAGCUUCUGAAAAAAGAAAUUGAUAAGUUCAAAGACAAAAAAGAGGUGGCCAUUGUCGUGUUAGGAAACAAAACUGACCUUUCUGAGCAGAGACAAGUGGACGCCGAAGUGGCACAGCGGUGGGCCAGGAGUGAGAAGGUGCAUCUGUGGGAGGUGACGGUCACAGACCGCAAGACCCUGAUCGAGCCCUUCACCCUGCUAGCCCGCAAACUCUCCCAGCCCCAGAGCAAACCGAGCUUCCCUCUGCCUGGGAGGAGAAGCAAAGGCAACUCCAGCUCUGAGAACUAAACCCUAGGGUACACAACUGUCCCUUGAAUGGUGACUGCCUCGAGGUGUCUGUGAACUUAUGUAAAACAGGCCAUUUCUGUCUACCUUUGGUCCUUAGGAAGACCCUAGGGAAGUAAUUUAAUGCACUUCCAGUUAUGAUUCAGUUACUGUUCCCUGACAUGAAGUAAUAAUAUAUUUGCGUUCUCCUUGUUUCAGACUUGUCCCUAAAAUUAGCACCUUUGUUAUCUGUAUUAUGUUGCAUUUGCCAAAAGAAUAAAAUAAAAUUUGGGUGGUAUGCACGUG